AUGGGACGAAAAGUCACGUUAGCAACGUGUUCAUUGAAUCAGUGGGCACUGGACUUCGAAGGAAACUUGGAGAGAAUUCUGAAGAGUAUUGAGAUCGCUAAAGAAAAGGGGGCUAAAUACAGACUUGGACCAGAACUGGAAAUAUGUGGCUAUGGAUGUGCGGACCAUUACUUUGAGUCGGACACUCUGUUGCACAGCUUUGAAGUUCUACAGAAACUGUUGGAGUCGGCAAUGACUAAAGACAUCAUCUGUGACGUGGGGAUGCCCAUCAUGCAUCAUAAUGUGCGCUACAACUGCAGAGUGCUGUUUCUGAACAGAAAGAUUCUUCUGAUUCGACCAAAGAUGAUGAUGGCAAAUGUUGGAGUCCACAGAGAACUGCGCUGGUUCUCCCCCUGGAACCGAACCAGACACGUGGAGGAGUUCUCUCUGCCUCGGAUGAUCCAGGAUGUCACUGGACAGGAGACCGUCCCAUUUGGAGACUGUGUCCUUUCCACGAGAGACACCUGCAUUGGCUCCGAGAUCUGUCAGGAGCUGUGGAGCCCCUACAGCUCUCACAUCCGCAUGAGUCUGGACGGAGUGGAGAUCUUCACCAACGGAUCAGCUAGUCAUCAUGAGCUCCGCAAAGCUGACCAGAGAGUCCUCCUAGUCACCACCUCUACUGCCAAGUGUGGGGGAGUUUACCUGUAUGCUAACCAAAGAGGAUGUGAUGGCGACAGAGUUUACUACGAUGGAUGUGCGAUGAUCUGCAUCAAUGGAGAAACAGUGUCUCAAGGAGAGCAGUUCUCACUCCAGGACGUGGAGGUGCUGACUGCUACGUUGGACCUUGAAGACGUGUGCAGCUACAGAGGAGAGAGAUGUCAUCCACAUCUGGAGGUGGACUUUAAACCCUGCCACAGAAUCAAAGUUAACUUUUCUCUGUCGACGUUUGACGACGUCUUCCUCCCAACGAACGAACCCAUCAACUGGAGCUACCACACAGCAGAGGAGGAGAUCAGUCUAGGACCAGCCUGCUGGCUCUGGGACUACCUCCGCAGGAGUGGGCAGGUACUGAACCUCACUGUGAUCAAACACAACUGUCCUCUCCUCCUCCACCAAUAA